CAGACUGGGCAGCACAGUGAAACCUCAUCUCUACAAAAAAUUUUAAAAUAGGCCAGGAGUGCUGGUGCACACCUGUAGUCCUAGCUACUCAAGGCUGAGAAGGGAGGAUUACUUGAGCCUGGGUCAAGGCACUAAGCUAUGAUUGUGCCACUGCACUCUAUCCUGGGUGACAAAGCAAGACCCUGUUAAAAAAAAAAAAAAAAAAAAAAAAUCAAGCCUGGUCAUGCAUCGGAAUCACCUGGAGGCAUGAAAACAGAUUGCUGGGCCUACCCCGAGUAUGAUUCCAUAGAUCUGGGAUGCGGCCUGAGAAUUUGCAUGUCUAACAAAUCCCCGCUGAGGCUGCUGGUCUAGGGACCAUACUUGGAGACCACUGUCCAGAUAUUGCUAUUCAAAGUGUGGUCCCGAGACUGGCAACAUGGGGGUCACCUGGGAGCGUAUUAGAAAUGCAAAAUACUGAACUCCGCCCCAGACCUUCUGAAUCAGAGCCUGCAGUUUAACAAGAUCCCCAGGUGCUUCCUAUACACAUUAAAGGUUGAGAAGGCAGUGCUUCCCACACUCAUCAGUCAAGGGGAUCUCCUGCAGGGUUUAAAAUUUAGAUUCCCGGGCUCCCUAUCUGGAGACUUGGAUUUAGAAGGUUUGGGAGAUCCCAGAAUUAAGCCCCGCUGAGUGAUUAUUAUGGUCAGGCCAGCAUGGGAACUCCUACUCAUUUUCCUCAGUCCUGUGUUCCUUGGACAAGACCAAGCCACAAAGCCAGAGAAAAACCUUUUGCUCCAGGAUCAUGACAAGGCAGCAGCUGCUCCCCUAGAAACAGGAACUCGGGGAAGGUGGCUCCUCGAUGGUCUGUGAUGCCGUCAGAGGAAACGGGUGGUUGUGAGAACCACAGAGUCUGCAGUCGGAGCUAGAGCUCCAAGGACCCCAUGCCUGUGUCUCUGUGAGAGAGCUCAAAGGGCCCUGGGCCUUCCCUCCCUGGCUCGGCUGUGCUUGGGAGGGUUCCCCAGUCCAGAAUCCCUAAGGAGCAUGGGGCAGCUGAUCCAUCCCUGGUGUACAAACUGCUGACUGCAGACAGAUGCUGAGCUACCCAAACCGACACCUAGCCUCUCCCUGAAGAUCCUCCCAGGCUGAGAGAGUUCUGGGUAUCCUAGCACAAAGGACACUGGCAGACUUCCAGAAGGGCCCCCAAAGCACUAACCUGUCCAGCCAGAGCAUGCGUCUCAGCAGAGCUGUCUUCCCAAGCCUUUGAUGACAAACCAAUUUCCCUCAGUGAUGUGCUUCUGAGUGCUCUGCUGAGGAACAAUGGGAAGUCUGCCCAGCAGAAGAAAAUCUCUGCCAAGCCCAAGCUUGAGUCCCUCUGUCCAAGGCCAGGGACCUGUGACCAUGGAAGCAGAGAGAAGCAAGGCCACUGCCGUGGCCCUGGGCAGCUUCCCGGCAGGUGGCUCAGCCGAGCUGUCGCUGAGACUCGGGGAGCCAUUGACCAUCAUCUCUGAGGAUGGAGACUGGUGGACGGUGCUGUCUGAAGUCUCAGGCAGAGAGUACAACAUCCCCAGCGUCCACGUGGCCAAAGUCUCCCAUGGGUGGCUGUAUGAGGGCCUGAGCAGGGAGAAAGCGGAGGAACUGCUGUUGUUACCUGGGAACCCUGGAGGGGCCUUCCUCAUCAGGGAGAGCCAGACCAGGAGAGGCUCUUACUCUCUGUCAGUCCGCCUCAGCCGCCCUGCAUCCUGGGACCGGAUCAGACACUACAGGAUCCACCGCCUUGACAAUGGCUGGCUGUACAUCUCACCACGCCUCACCUUCCCCUCACUCCAGGCCCUGGUGGACCAUUACUCUGAGCUGGCGGAUGACAUCUGCUGCCUCCUCAAGGAGCCCUGUGUCCUGCAGAGGGCUGGCCUGCUCCCUGGCAAGGAUAUACCCCUACCUGUGACUGUGCAGAGGACACCACUCAACUGGAAAGAGCUGGACAGCUCCCUCCUGUUUUCUGAAGCUGCCACAGGGGAGGAGUCUCUUCUCAGUGAGGGUCUCCGGGAGUCCCUUAGCUCCUACAUCAGCCUGAAUGACGAGGCUGUCUCUUUGGAUGAUGCCUAGGCCCAAAGGAGAGGCCAAAAGGGAAACCAAGGCUGCACACCUAGAACCCCAAUUCAGCCUCCUGAGCAUCCCAGAGGCAAGGCUGUGCACUCAGGGAAGGAGGGUGGGACACAGAGGUGCAUCCAGGGUCCCACCUGUACCCUUGCUCUUUCCUCUCUUAGCCCUUAGAAGUCACCUAUUUCCUCCCAGUGCCAUGAUCCCACCUUCGACCUCUAGUCCGAGUGCAGAGAAGGUGGGACCAGGGCCAGGGUUCCAAAGAGAAUAAGCCUCCUGGGGGUCUGACCUAGUUAGUUCUUGAGUUUGGGGUUUCCAGUACCAUCUGGGAUGCCCUGCCUGUUGAGCCCCAUUCUACAUCUCCACCGUUAACCAGGCCCCACCCACAAGGUAGAAACAACCCCUAGAGUCAACGAGAAAGUCAUUUUCAGAAAAUUUACAAGUCUCGUUGAGACCACCACCAUACCUCAGAAGGUAGGACUGUGGCCUAGAAGGGAAAGGAAAGCUGAGAUGAUGUCUUACCGUAGCAGCAGAUCUUGGAUGGUCCAGCCUCUACGUGACCUCCACAGCAAAGAGAAAGACUUUGGACAGUCUAGGUCCUCAAAUGUCCCCCAUUGAGGACAACAGCCCUAGCUCUUUUUUUUUUUUGGAGAUGGAGUCUUGCCCUGUUGCCCAGGCCGGAGUGCAAUGGCACGAUCUCAGCUCACUGCAACCUCCAUCUCCUGGAUUCAAACAAUUCUCCUGCCUCAGCCUCCAGAGUAGCUGGGAUUACAGGCACACACCACCAUGCCUGGCUAAUUUUUUUUUUUGAGACGGAGUCUUGCUCUGUCAUCCAGGCUGGAGUGCAGUGGCGCAAUCUCAGCUCACUGCAAGCUCUGCCUCCCGGGUUCACGCCAUUCUCCUGCCUCAGCCUCUCUGAGUAGCUGGGACUAUAGGUGCCCACCAUCACGCCCGGCUAAUUUUUUUUUUUGUAUUUUUAGUAGAGACGGGGUUUCACCGUGGUCUCGAUCUCCUGACCUCGUGAUCCACCCGCCUCGGCCUCCCAAAGUGCUGGGAUUACAAGUGUGAGCCACCGCGCCCAGCGCAUUUUUUCGUAUUUCUAGUAGAGAUGGGGAUUUCACCACGUUGGCCAGGCUGGUUUCGAACUCCUGACCUCAGGUGAUCCACCCACCUCGGCCUCCCAAAGUGUUGGGAUUACAGGCGUGAGCCACGGCACCCAGCCUAGCUCUCAGAUCUCUACUUCAUUUUGUGGCUUACCAUUCCCUAGCACACUGGCCUUGCCAUCUUGUGGCCAAAUACAAAAUAACACCUUUUUUUUUUUUUUUUUUUUUUUUUUUUUUUUGAGACGGAGUCUCGCUCUGUCGCCCAGGCUGGAUGCAGUGGCACGAUCUCGGCUCACUGCAAGCCCCGCCUCCCGGGUUCACGCCAUUCUCCUGCCUCAGCCUCUCCGAGUAGCUGGGACUACAGGCGCCCGCCACCACGCCCGGCUAAUUUUUUCUAUUUUUAGUAGAGACGGGGUUUCACCGUGGUCUCGAUCUCCUGACCUCGUGAUCCGCCCGCCUCGGCCUCCCAAAGUGCUGGGAUUACAAGCGUGAGCCACCACGCCCGGCCAAAAUAACACCUCUUAAGUCUAGCACACUGCAGUGAGGCCAGGCACCUCAGUGCUGGGCAGGGGCAUCAGAAGGUGCUAAGCCCUCUCUCCACAAUGCCAAGACGGAGACCACAGCCUACACCAAAUCCAGCCCUUGAUUUCCCUGCUGCCCCCAUAAAGAAAGAGAAAGAGGUCUGCUGGAUCUGUUAAGGGAGCAGGGAGAGGAAGAAAGAGGGAUGGGGUGGGAGGCACCACCUCCAGUGCUCCUACUGGUUCCCAAGCUGCAGGUGGGGUGGAAAAGGCUUUAUCAGGUAUCAUCAACAGGUUCUCAAUUAAAGAUUUGAUUUAUUCAAGUAUGUGAAAACAUUCUACAAUGGAAACUGUUAUUAGAUGCUGCCUGUACUGUGCUAUGGACCACGCACAUACAGCCAUGCAUGCUGUUUCAGAAGACUUGAAAUGCCACUGAUAGUUUAAAAACUGUACACCUGAUGGAGAAUCGAGGAAGACAAUUUAAUGUUUCAUCUGAAUCCAGAGGUGCAUCAAAUUAAAUGACAGCUCCACUUGGCAAACAGCUGUUACUUGAUGGUAUCCAAGAAGAAAUGGUUGGUGAUGGAUAAAUUCAGAAAUGCUUCCCCAAAGGUGGGUGGUUUUUAAAAAGUUUCAGGUCACAACCCUUGCAGAAAACGCUGAUGCCCAACACACUGAUUUGCGGUCCAGGAAACAUGGGUCUUCCAAGUUCCAAGGGGCUGGGGUUCCCCAACGAUCAAGUUCCUGUGCUGUAAUCAAGAGGGUCCUUUGGACUGGAUAGGGAGCAGUUGGGAGCUGUACACCAUCAGUCAUAAUGGAUGGCAGUGUAAAAGAUGAUCCAAAUGACCUAGUGAGGAGACAAGCACUGUUCAUAGGUCACCUGGCUUAACACAGGCUGAUUCCACAAAACAAAAAUGCCAGAUGAGAAUGUAAACACGGGCACUCUCCAGGGGCUAUCCAUUGCACAAUCUGCUUGGGGGGUCUAAAUUAUUUCACUGAAAUCACGCUGUCACUAACAGAACGCAGGACUGCCCUCCUGCACUUGCAAAGGAACUCCUGAUAAGCUCCUCCCCUACCAAAUGGCAACCCCAGGCCCAGGGAAUUGAGAUACAGAUGUGGAAAUGAUUCAAGUAAAGCAUACUACACUGCUAGCAGGUGCUGCGACUACCAAUGUGAAAAUACCAUCAUAACUUGUCAGCUGCAUAUCAAAGCAGGGAUUCUCAAACCUUGGCUACCCAUUGUAAUCUCUUGGUUCUUUUAAAAAAACAUACAGAUGCCCCAGCA